CGUUAUGAGUGGAUCAAUGCAUCAGCUCUGUAAUUUUAGCUUUCAACAUCGCGAAACCAAUCUGUUCUACCUGUUGCUAUUCUAAUCGAACCCUCACUUCGUGAUAGACGAUGGAGCAUAGGUGAAAUUGACCUCUUGCAAUUCUAAAUACAGCUAUAACCGACCGGAAAAGCUGAUCUAUGCGCUACAAUUGGUCAUGUACCGCCAUAAUGUCUUCCCGGUCUCGACUGUAUCUCUCGUCGCAGCUAAUCUUCUAAUACCUGUCGCAAUCCUCCUCUUCGCCGUUGGUUUCUUUCCCUAUAAACCAUUCUUGCCUGGUCUAGCCGAAUACCAAUCCCUCGAUUAUGGCUCGCCGCCCGAAGCGCCGUUCGAUCGUCUAAUAUUCAUGGUCGUCGAUGCUUUGCGCAGCGACUUUGUAUAUCUAAAUGGCUCCGGCUUCGAGUUCACCCAAGGGCUUAUUCGAGAUGGAGUUGCUAUUCCCUACACCGCUCACGCUACGUCGCCGACUAUCACGAUGCCUCGAAUAAAAGCGAUUACUACCGGUUCUACACCUUCCUUCCUCGAUGCGAUCUUGAGUUUCGACGAAGCCGACACGUCUUCGACGCUCGCCGUCCAGGACACCUGGCUCGCUCAGAUGAAGGCGAAAAAAUCGGGGAAGCUAGUUAUGUAUGGUGAUGAUACGUGGCUGAAAUUAUUCCCCGGCGUGUUCGACCGAGCGGACGGCACUUCGAGCUUCUUCGUCUCCGAUUUUACGGAAGUCGACAACAACGUGACGAGACACGUCCCUGACGAGUUGCGCAGAGAUGAUUGGAAUACGAUGGUUCUCCAUUAUCUCGGCCUCGACCACAUCGGCCACAAAACAGGCCCUCGAGGCCCAAAUAUGAUUCCGAAGCAGCAAGAGAUGGACGGAAUCAUUCGCCAGAUAUACGAGGCGAUGGAGACGCAACCGCAUCUCCAUUCGACCCUUCUUGUUUUCUGUGGCGACCACGGCAUGAAUGAUGCUGGUAACCACGGAGCCUCUUCUCCUGGAGAAACUUCAGCUGCCCUCGUGUUUGUAUCACCUAAGCUGAAGUCCAUCGCAAAACCCGUCAAAGUGCCAGCAAAUUUUGUCGAGGAUUUCCAAUAUUACAACGUCGUAGAGCAGUCCGAUCUAGCCCCUACCCUUGCCGCUUUGCUCGAUUUUCCGAUCCCUAAAAAUAAUCUUGGCUCCUUCAUGGUAGACUUUCUGCCUUUUUGGCCAGAGAGACGAGACAAGCUCCAAAUUCUUGUGCGUAACGCGAGGCAGAUUCUCGAUAUUGUCACCGCAAGCUUCGGUGGUUCGUCAUCGGUUGGUAGGAACCCCAACCUUGAUUGUGUCCGCCCUGGCUCCGGGGCCGAACAAUUGGCCUGCGAGUGGCAGCAGAUUAGCAAAAAAGUCGAGACUGUCUCGGUCGAGGGAAAUCUAGGCGAGGACCAGAUAAUGGAUGUGUCAAAGUGGUUAUCAAGGGCGCAGACUUUAAUGAGCGGUAUGGCGAGCAACUACGAUAUGCCGAUGCUCAUAUACGGCGAAGCGACAGCGGCAGCGGCCUCUUUGGCUGCGGUAUACGCCGUAAUUACUUCAUCUUCCGUAACAGCUUCUAGCUUAGCACCGUUUACCCUCGUCACGGCGCUGUACGGCAUAAUGAUGUUUGCUAGUAGCUACGUCGAGGAAGAGCAACACUUUUGGUAUUGGGCUACCUCUGCGUGGCUGCUCUAUCUCGCGAUUAGGUCGAGUCCAAGAGCGACGUAUAAGUCUUUCGUCAUGGGCCUCGUUGCGCUCGGCGCUAUGCGGUUGACCCGGGGAUGGAACCAAACUGGGCAAAAGUUCGCCGGCGAGCCCGAUAUCGCGACUAGUUUUAUAGCGUCAAAUCCGGAAUUGCUCUGGUCUCUUACCCUCGCGACGUAUGCGAUGGUCUCUUUGGAAUUAUUCGACGGGCUUCGGAGGAUCCCAACUGCUAUCUCAGGUUCCAUAGUUGUGGGACUAGCGACCUCAGCAAUAUCUUUCAAGCUCGCCUUUACUAACGAGGACGCCCCCGAGCUAAUUGUUGGAUUCGCGAAGACGCUUGUGGACUUAUUUGACGGUCCGACUCUUGUGAAUCGAGCGCGGGCGGUAUUCCUCGGUCUCGGACUUACUUCGAUAUGUCCCUUGUACAGUAUUUUUGUGCAGGGGACUAAGCAAUCUAAGGGGGAUGCGAUACGAACCAUGCAUCACUUGUAUACGCUUUUUGCGUUGACACAGUCUCGAGUAACUAACAUACCCCUCUUCUUACUAUUUCGGGCCAUUUACCUGUAUCUGAGCGGGCUCCGUCUAGAAGCCGUAGACAUCACGAUAUCAUCGCUGCUACUACAAUUUACUUCCUUCUUCGCAAUGGGAGGCUCCAACGCGAUAUCCGGCGUGGACUUGUCUAACGCGUACAAUGGCGUCAGCGGAUUUAAUAUCUUCGCCGUAGGAGUCUUAACGUUCCUCAGCAACUGGGCUGCUCCGGUAUGGUGGACCUCGGCAUCCAACUUGCUGCUCCUUCGAAGCAGGGAGUCAGCAAAGCCCGGCCGUGGUCGUGUGUAUCAACAGCACGCUGCGAUUUUGACGUUGUUUGUGGCAGUCGCUCUCGUGUUCGUGAUGAUAGCCUGCACGACCUUGAGGACGCAUUUAUUCAUAUGGACCGUAUUCUCACCAAAGUAUUUGUACAGCAUGGCGUGGAGUUUGGGACAGCAUCUCGUUAUUAACGUAGCAUUUGGAGGUCUUUUAUAUUGGCUCGGUUGCAAAUGACAUACAAGAUCUUAUAUGCGUUAGAGUAUAGAUCGUCGAAAUUUAGAGAUAGAUCCUUUACGGUUCGGCGUUAAGCUACUUAUGUACAUAAUAAAUGAACAUCGCGAAUAUCACAUCGCAUAUGAAUCUA